AAACGAAGUAUUUGUCAGUGUUACUUGUGUGGAGCGAGCGAUACAAGAAGCAUUGUUUUGAUGCGACAUGUAAUGUUAACGUGAUGAUUAACAAUUCAAAAGACUGAUAAAUCGAAUCUCUUACAUUCUGAACUUGGACUAUAACAUAUCAAGAAACUGGAAAAGGUUACACAUAGAAAUAUAUUUGUGCUGUCCUUGCGACACAGACGACGGCUGUCGCCCAGAGUGAGGCCCAGGCAGGAGUCAGCUGCAGCGGAGUGGGGCACCAUGAUGGAGGGGGGCAUGCAGCUGCUGAACCGUGACGGCCACAGCAUCUCGCACAACUCCAAGCGCCACUACCACGACUCGUUCGUGUCCAUGAACAGGAUGCGCCAGCGCAACCUGCUCUGCGACAUCGUGCUGCACGUCUCCAACAAGGAGAUUAAGGCGCACAAGGUGGUGCUGGCCUCCUGCAGUCCCUACUUCCACGCCAUGUUUACAAAUGAGAUGUCGGAGAGUCGCCAGACCCACGUGACCCUGCAUGACAUUGACCCCCUUGCGUUGGAACAGCUGGUUCAGUAUGCCUACACUGCAGAAAUCGUGGUGGGGGAGGGCAACGUGCAGACCUUGCUCCCAGCUGCCAGCCUUCUGCAGCUCAACGGGGUGAGGGACGCCUGCUGUAAGUUCCUCCUCAGCCAGCUGGACCCCUCUAACUGCCUGGGCAUCCGCGGCUUUGCAGACACCCACUCCUGCAGCGACCUGCUCAAGUCUGCGCACAAGUACGUCCUGCAGCACUUUGUGGAGGUGUCCAAGACCGAGGAGUUCAUGCUGCUGCCGCUGAAGCAGGUAUUGGACCUGAUCUCCAGUGACAACCUGAACGUGCCGUCGGAAGAGGAGGUAUACCGGGCCGUGCUGAACUGGGUCAAACACGACAUUGACGGGCGCAGGCAGCACGUUCCCUGGCUGAUGAAGUGCGUACGCCUGCCCCUGCUGCGGAGGGAUUUCCUCAUGAGCAACGUGGACACGGAGCAGUUGGUGCGUCACCACUCUGAGUGCAAGGACCUGCUCAUCGAAGCCCUCAAGUACCACCUGAUGCCCGAACAGAGGGGCGUGCUGAGCAACAGCCGCACCCGGCCUCGCCGCUGCGAGGGCGCCAGCCCCGUGCUCUUCGCCGUUGGUCAGUGUGCCCCAGAGGUUACCCACCAGGGUGGGGGCAGUCUGUUUGCCAUCCACGGCGACUGCGAGGCCUACGACACGCGGACAGACCGCUGGCACAUGGUGGCCUCUAUGUCCACUCGGCGGGCACGGGUGGGCGUGGCGGCCAUCGGAAACAAGUUGUACGCAGUGGGAGGGUAUGACGGUACCUCCGAUCUAGCCACCGUGGAGUCCUACGACCCGGUCACCAACUCCUGGCAACCUGAGGUGUCCAUGGGGACGCGGCGGAGCUGUCUGGGUGUGGCGGUGUUGCACGGCCUCCUGUACGCGGCCGGCGGUUACGACGGAGCUUCCUGCCUCAACAGUACAGAGCGGUACGACCCUCUAACCAGUACCUGGAGCUCCAUCGCUGCCAUGAGCACCCGGAGGAGAUAUGUCCGUGUGGCCACUCUGGAUGGCAGUCUGUAUGCAGUAGGAGGGUAUGACAGCUCCUCACACCUAGCUACAGUGGAGAAAUAUGAACCACAGAGCAACGCGUGGACGGCCAUCGCCAACAUGCUGAGCCGGCGCAGCAGUGCCGGGGUGGCUGUGCUGGAGGGCAUGCUCUAUGUUGCUGGGGGCAACGAUGGCACCAGCUGCCUGAACUCGGUGGAGCGGUUCAACCCCAAGACCAACGCCUGGGAGGGCGUGGCGCCCAUGAACAUCCGCAGGAGUACCCAUGACCUUGUGGCCAUGGACGGCUGGCUGUACGCAGUGGGCGGCAACGACGGCAGCUCCAGCCUCAACUCCAUUGAGAAGUACAACCCGCGCAGCAACAAGUGGGUGGCGGCAUCCUGCAUGUUCACGCGGCGCAGCAGUGUGGGCGUGGCCAUCCUGGAGCUGCUCAACUUCCCGCCGCCCUCGUCGCCCACUCUCUCCGUGUCCUCCACCAGCCUUUGACACGGGGCUAGGCUCCGGCUGACCUCAGCCCCCGCCUCGGUCGCCGCCACCACCACCACCACUACGACACAGCCAGGCCCAAGCAAGAGACGCAACUGCUCCGUGUGAAGGGGGGGAGGGGGAGGGAGGUGCGCAGUUAAACAGAGAAGAGGUGAUGGGAAGAGUGAAGGAUGGGGGAGAGAGAAACACUCAGAGGUUGCUGGUGGAUCUCGUGCGGUCUCGUUCCCUGAGGUCUCGCUGUAAUACCGUAAAGAUACCAGCUCCUAGUCUCUUGAAUAACACAGGAGAGUUUUCCUCCCUUCAUCCCUCUGUCCCUUUGCAAUCCAACGCUUGAAACACUGUCUGAAGACGGUCACUUUGUGUAUCAUGUGUUCCGUAAAUCUCUUUUUUUUUUGCAAUAAUAUAUAUAGAUAUAGAAAUUAAUUAUUUUAACUAAGGAAUGUAGCUGUAGACUGGUUCUGCCAUGCAUGCUUAUCGUGUCCUGGCCGGCAGGGAUACAACGGUAUAGUGCUGCUGUAUGUGUCACACUAGGUGGCAGUAACGGACAAUGUUGUUUACCAUCGUACCCCACAGAUGCGCAUGGGGAGGAGGGUGAAGUUGCCCCUAGAUGCUGAUCUUGGGUCAGUUUAGCAUUUUCCCCACUAAUGGUUAAGGUUAGGAUUGGGGAAGGGGAAGCUGAUCCUAGACCUGUACCUAGGGGAAACAUCAGAAUAGAUCUAUUGAUACUAGAUCUAUCAUUACUCGAAACUGUAAAUUAGUUUAAAUCCCUUUUUUAUAUAAGAACAGAGACAAUUACAUUGAAUUCUAUUUCAUAUUUAUUAAAUGUAAAAAAAUAUAUAUAUAGCUAAUAUAUUCAAAGAUGCUUUAUGAAAAGCAAAUGGACCACUGCUACAACUCAAGAGAGACGUAUUGUUUUUAUUUUGUUGCAUUAACUUUGUGCAUAUCAUGGAUGGAAGUGUAUCAGGGAGAAUGUCAAAGUGUCCUCUGUAGCUCAAUUGGUAGAGCACGGCGCUUGUAACGCCAGGGUAGUGGGUUCGAUCCCCGGGACCACCC